GUGAACGCUGAUGUAAAUAAACAACAUUAGAUCAUGAAAGAUCACAUUUACAUUAGUAGGUACCAGGAAGACAAAGUUUAUAAGAUUUAAAACGAAUAAACAAAAUAUUUAAGACUUCAGUCUUCCCAUGUUACCAACACAAAUGACGUCAUAUAUGUGGACACAUACGCAGUUUCUAUUGGCGUCUUAAAUUGUCACUCACACAACGCUGGAACCAAUCACCAAUGGAUUUUUCAAGAUCACAAUUUUGGCGGCAUUGAGAAGAUGGCGGAAAAUUUGAAAGAGUGCAAAGUAGCAUGUCUUGCUACUUUAAACCAACUGGAGACCUUUUGCCGAGAAGAGGGUGCCAUCUGCAGAGACCUGGGAAUCAGCAAGUACAAUUUGUGUGACUAUGAAGUGGAAUACCUUUGCAGCUACAAAAGAGACAUUAUCACAGUUGGGGAUAAACAAAUAGAAAAGGAGUUCUAUUUGGUAAAAUGGAAGGGCUAUCCAGAGUCAAUGAAUACAUGGGAGCCACGGAAAAACCUGAAGUGCACGGAUUUGCUCAGCCAGUUUUGGGAGGACAUGAUGCGAGAGCUCUUGAGGCUAAAGAAACGGAGCAUCCCCAGGAAACUAGACAGCGCCAUUGUUUCUCACCUUGUCCAGCGGGCAAAUCUCAGACGGACCCUUAAAAUGUGGGAGAACCACCUCAACAGCCUUGGGUCCCGCAAAGGCCGCAUCUUUGUGGAAAACUUGGUAGAUAUGGAGGGCCCGCCUAGGAACUUUACCUACAUUAAUGACUAUAAGGUGGGUGAGGGGAUCUCCCUCAAUGAGGUGGCAGUCGGCUGCGAGUGUAUGGACUGUCUGAAUAGCCCUGUGGGUGGCUGCUGUGCAGGUGCCUCGCAGCACAAGUUUGCCUACAACAGUGUGGGACAGGUGCGCAUCCGGCCGGGGCUGCCCAUAUAUGAGUGCAACAAGCGGUGCAGCUGCGGCCUGGACUGCCCCAACAGAGUGGUGCAGAGGGGUAUCCAAUACUCACUCUGCAUCUUUAGGACAGACAAUGACAGAGGCUGGGGGGUACGGACCAUGGAGCGGAUUCGCAAGAACACUUUUGUAAUGGAAUAUGUAGGAGAGAUCAUCACGACAGACGAAGCAGAGAGGCGAGGUCAAGUCUAUGACAAAGAAGGAGCCACUUACCUCUUUGACCUAGAUUAUGUUGAUGAUGAGUAUACAGUGGAUGCAGCUCACUACGGCAACAUUUCCCAUUUUGUCAAUCACAGUUGUGAUCCGAACCUGCAGGUGUAUAAUGUAUUCAUAGAUAACCUGGAUGAGAGACUGCCGCGGAUAGCCUUCUUCGCCACCCGCUUAAUCAAGUCAGGGGAAGAGCUCACCUUUGACUACAAAAUGCAAGUUGAUCCAGUAGACGCAGAAAGCACAAAGAUGGACUCUAAUUUCGGUUUGAUAGGACUUCCUGGUUCUCCUAAAAAACGCAUGCGUAUGGAGUGCAAAUGUGGGGUAGCGACAUGUCGGAAAUACCUUUUUUAGAGAACCUAGAAGCUGUGAGUCUGUCAUGCCAAAAAAGAUGCUGAAAAGUGUUGUCAGGAUAUAAUAGAUUUGUGAAUUUAUUAGUGUAAUAACAGAUCUCCUUUAAGUUUCAACAAAAUAACAAAUGAUUUAUCUACCAUUACUCUCAAUUGUGUUCCAUGUUUAUUUAAUGGAAAGCAAAAGUUGCUCAGACUUUAAUGCUUUUGCCAUUCACAAUAAUGACGUUCAUUAGGUUUCUUUCAUCGUAUGGACGUGAUGUUCUGUGGCCAUAGUUUCACAUCAUCAGAACUUUGGAAAUGUACAGUUCUUUGUAAGUGAUUUUUAAAUUUUUUUUUCUUUCUUCGUGAAAAAGCCAAGCAUGCGUGUCAUUGUCAGUCUGGGAAGGGAUUGUUUAUUCUUUUUUAAGAGUUUUAAGAGCUUAUUUUCUUUUUAUGAGAGGGCAUGUUUCUUUUUUUAAAUGCUGGUUUUAAGCCAGGCCAGUGCAAAUAAAUAAAUAAAUGGCAUGACCUCCUUGAAUUUUGGGGCUGCAUAUUUUAUUGUUUGGUAAUCACAAUAUUGGCCUUUAGAAUACUGCUAUCACAGAAGGCUCCAACAUAACGCCUCCAGCAAAUCUGUACAUGUGUAUGUGAAUGUAUAUUCACACAUUUCACAUGGUGUUUCAAUUAAUUGUGACAUUUACAUUAUCCAGCAAACAUGGUCAAGUAAUUUUAGGCCCGUUUUUUUGCUUCUUUUUUUUUUUUUAAACAAGGUCACGUGUGUGUGUGUGUGUGUGUGUG